UUUCCGCGGCGUUCCGUGAUUUCCAGGCGACGCCUCAGAGUAAAACGGAGUAAAUACCGGUUUCACCACACACACACUGCACGGAACCGGAUCUGGACCUAGGAGAAACGGAACCAGCAGGAGGAGGAAGGGCGGGGCCGUGUGUGUUUAUCAUUAAUCGGAUUAAAGCAGAGCCGCUUCCUCCUCCACCUGCGGAGGUCGAACAUGAUUGGCUGCUGACUGAGCGUGACUCAUCAUCACACACACACACACACACACUGCUCUCUGACUGUAACCGGAUCAUUAACGGUUCCGUUGGUGCUGGUCCUGGUCCUGGUCCUGGUCCUCAGAAGAAACAUGGAGGAAACCCUGAAUAAGCUGCACAAAGACGCGACCGGACACAAACACAGAGGAAUCCGGGACGCGUGUGUCUCCGCCCGCGAGAUGUUGGAGCGUCGCAGCAGAUCAGUGUCUGCGUCUCAGCUGAGAGAGUGUUGUCUGCUUCCCCUGCAGAUGGCGCUGGAGUCUAAAAACACCAGACUGGGACAGACGGCUCUCUCUGGAAUGCAGAAGCUGCUGUGCGAGGACAGGUUUGUGGGCGGAGCCUGCGUGGAGGUGGAGGUGGUGGAGAAGCAGCUGCUCAGUCAGAUGUUGGAGGCUCUCAGAGUGACACCAUGUCUGCAGGAGGACCUGCAGGUGGAGGUGAUGAAGGUGCUGCUGUGCAUCACCUACUCACCAAAUUUUGACAUUAACGGAGACUCCAUCUUGAGGAUUGCUGAGGUGUGUAUCGACACGUACCUGUCCAGCUGUCACCAGCGCAGCAUCAACACUGCGGUCAGAGCGACGCUGAGUCAGAUCCUGGGAGACCUGACACUGCAGCUGCGACACCGACAAGAGGCAGACGGAGAAGAGGUGACGACACUGCCACUGCAGAGGAGAGACAUUUCUCCCACCAGUCAGUCUCUGUGUGAGGACGUGGUCACAGUUCUGACAGUUUUCUGUGAGAAGCUUGAAUCUGUCGACAGUGAGAACCAGCUGCUGCAGCUGCUUUACCUGGAGUGCAUCCUCUCCAUGUUCAGCAGCUGUCCUCCCACAAUGCACCUGUCCAGAGGCUUCACCGACCUCGUGUGGAAGCAGCUUUGUCCGUCCCUCGUGGCGAUCAUGGGAAACCCCGUCAACGACAAAACCAUUACCUCCCACCAUGGCCACAUGGGGGCGUCAGAGAGAGAGUGCCUCUCAGACAGACUCAGUCUAGGGAUCAACCAGGAGGCGGAGUCCUGCGGGGGAGGAGUCUCUGAUCAGGGCAGGGGGUCUGGUUGCUCCUCCAGCGCCCCCGCCAGGAUCGCCCCGGUGGUGCGGACGGUGUGUUACAUCGCGGCGGAGCUGGUGCGUCUGGUGAGCUGCGUGGAAUCCAUGAAACCCGUGCUGCAGUCGCUUUAUCACCGGAUCCUUCUGUACCCGCCCCCUCAACACCGCACUGAGGCCAUACGCAUCAUGAGGGAGAUUGUGGGCAGUCCUCAGCGUCUCUAUGACCUCGCUGGUCCGUCAUUGGUUGAACCUGAAACCAGGAAGCGCUCGUUCUCAAAGAGGAAGUCUCACCUGGACCUGCUGAAACUUGUGAUGGACGGGAUGACGGAAGCGUGUAUGAAGGGUGGGAUCGAGGCGUGUUACUCGUCGGUGUCAUGCGCCUGCGCUCUCCUCGCUGCUCUGGACGAGCUGUCACAUGGUCACGGCCUCCAGCCUGAGCAGGCACGCCUUCUCCUCAGACGAUUGGACGACCUGAAAGAAGGGGCUGAGUCAACACGUGAGUCCAUGGAGAUCAACGAGGCGGACUUCAGGUGGCAGAGACACAUCCUGUCCUCUGAGCAGCCACUGUGGGACUCCGCCUCCUCCGCCAACAUGGCCGCCACUACAGAGCGCAGCCCCGACAUCAGCAUCAGCAUCACCACGGAGACGGGACAAACCACCCUGGAUCUGGAGGUGGGGGGGCCGGGCCUGGAUACGGGCCAUACCCCUCCUGAGGAACAUGGCCAAGACGCUCGCCUGUCGUCGCCUUCACUCUGCGGCGGCGAGGAGGGUGCCAAGCGAGACCGGAGGGACGAGCCAGAGCAGGAGGGAGGAGCACGGGAGGGGAGGGUCCAGAGAGGAGGGGGUGUGGUUCCUCCAGACGUGGUCCAGAGGAGCCACGCCCUCGUUUACCCGGACAUCACCAACUUCCUGUCUGUGGAGUCCAGGGCGAGGACGCAUCACGCCACGGGGUCACGAUACAGCGAGAGCAACUUCAGUAUGGAGGAGCAGGACUUGUCGAGGACAGAGUUCGACUCGUGUGAUCAGUAUUCCAUGGCAGCAGAGAAAGACUCUGGACGCUCUGACGUCUCUGACAUUGGCUCAGACAACGUGUCGCUGGCUGACGAGGAGCAGCAGACGCCGCGCGACUACUGUGGUCACCGCUCGCUCCGUACGGCCGCCCUCUCCCUCAAACUGCUUCGUCACCAGGAGGCGGACCAACAGAGCGCCAGACUGUUCGUCCAAUCACUGGCGGCGCUGCUGCCGAGGCUGAUGGGUGUCGCCACGGCAACGGAGGUCGACCUGGCUCUGCAGAACUUCUCGUCCAACUUCUGCUCCGGACUGCAGGCUGGUGGGAUUCACUCCCCGGGGUUGGAGGUGGGCGACACUCUGAGCUGUCAGUCACUGAUGAACGCAGACGGACUCUACCUGGUGUCGUAUUACGCUCUGCUGCUCAACCUCAAACUCUGCUGCUGCGACUACUACAGACGCCGAGCGCUGACCCCUGACCUCGGCUUGAAGGAGUUUGUGCGUCUCAUCCAGAGCAGCGGCGUCCUCGUGGUUCUGUCUCAGGCUUGGAUCGAGGAGCUUUAUCACCAGGUGUUAGAGCGCAGCCUGCUGGCUGAGGCUGGUUACUGCGGCUCAACAGAGGAACACACACUACCACUCAUCACCAUGCUGACAGACAUCGAUGGUCUGGGCAGCAGUGCGAUUGGAGGUCAGCUGAUCAGACGAGCAUCCUGUCAGUCACCGCUCAGCUGUGAGAAGGUCAGCAGUGACACGGCGACAGCAGGAGCUGUGUUCUCGCGCUUCAUCCUCACCGGCGUGUGGAAGAACCUGAUGGACGUACUGUCCACGCCGCUGACCGGCCGCAUGGCGGGAAGCUCCAGGGGCGUGGCCUUCAUCAGAGAGCAGAGUCAGAGAGAGAGAGAUGCCAUCUGUCUGAGUUUAGACGGCCUGAGGAAGGCCGCCGCCCUCAGCUGUGCUCUGGGUGUGGCAGCAAACUGUGCCUCAGCUUUAGCUCAGAUGGCUGCAGCUUCCUGUGUGCAGGAGGAGAAGGAGGAGAGAGAGACGGGAGAGACGGGGGAUGCCAUCACACAAGUGAAGCAGCGUCUCGAGCAGAUGUCUCGUCCUCCCGGCGUCCGUCUCCACACGGCUCACGUGUUGUGUAUGGACGCCAUCUUGAACGUAGGACUGGAGAUGGGCAGUCACAACCAUGACUGCUGGCCACAUGUGUUCAGGGUGACCGAGUACAUCAGUUCACUUGAACACUCCCACUUCAGUGACGGGGCUCCGCCUCCAUCAUCCAUGACGACCAUCACGCAGCAGCAGCAGAGUGUGGACGUUGGGCAGGAGCCGAGUGGCGAGCUCGGCGCGGAGGCGGAGCUUGGCCUGAGCCGACCUGUCAUCCAGCCUCUGUCCAUCCAGGAGCUGCUGAAGGAGAGCAGAGGGGGAGGGGCAGGAGGGGGGCGGGUCCUGGAGCUGAGGGGCGGGAGCCUGAUGAGUGGCACCGGCGCCGCCAAGGCCGUGUGCACGCUGUCCACGCAGGCGGACAGGUUGUUUGAAGACGCAGCCUCUAAACUGAACCUGGUUGGUUUGGUGUUUUUCCUGCAGCAGCUCAGAAAAGCAUCUCAGUCACAGCUGUUUGACUCAGUCACUGAGACUGGAGACUAUUCACUGGCCAUGCCAGGUGAAGCUAAGUCGACGUCGGAGCGCCGCAGUGCCCUCCACCUCUUCCGUUUGGGCGAGGCCAUGCUGCGGAUCGUGAGGAACAAGAACCGACCUUUGCUCCACAUGAUGAGGGCGUGGAGCGUGGUGGCGCCACACCUGGUGGAGGCGGCAUGUCACAAAGAGCGCCACGUGUCGCAGAAGGCCGUUUCCUUCAUCCACGACGUGCUGACGGAGGUGUUGUCCAGCUGGGCGGAGCUUCCACACUUCCACUUCAACGAGGCCCUCUUCAGGCCGUUUGAACACAUCAUGCAGCUGGAGCUCUGCGACGAGGACGUGCAGGACCAGGUGAUCACGUCGAUCGGCGAGCUGGUGGAGAUGUGCUCUCCUCAGAUUCUGUCCGGCUGGCGUCCGCUCUUCAGCGCUCUGAGGACCGUCCACGGCAGCAAGACGGACACCAAGGACUACCUGCUGGGGGAGUACUCCAUGGGAAAGUCGCAGGCCCCGGUCUUCGACGUCUUCGAGGCUUUCAUCAACACUGACAACAUCCAGGUUUUCGCCAACGCCGCCACCGACUACAUCAUGUGUCUGAUGAAGUUCGUCAAAGGUUUAGGAGAGGUGGACUAUAAGGAGAUCGGAGACUGCGUCCACGCGUCGGCUCACAGCUCGACUGACCUCUGUCUGCCCGCCCUUGACUAUCUACGCAAGUGUUCACAGCUGCUGGCAAAGAUCUACAAGAUGUCGUCCAAGCCCGUGUUCCUGGGGGCGAGGCUCGCCAGUCUGCCCAUGAGGUCACAGGAGCGCUCCAUCAGCAGCGAGGACGGGAUGGACUGUGUCCUCCAGGAGUUUGACGAUGACACAGGUCUGAUCCAGGUCUGGAUUCUGUUGUUGGAGCAGCUCACGGCUGCAGUUUCCAACUGUCCUCGAAAACAUCAACCACCAACUCUGGAGCUGCUGUUUACACUGAUGAGAGAAGUGAGCUGUGUCCCAGGUCCAGGCUUCGCCAUCUUUGCCGUCAUCCAGCUUCUGCUUCCUGUGAUGUCACUGUGGCUGCAGCGUAGCCAUGGCGACCACUCUUACUGGGAUGUGGCAGCAGCAAACUUCAAACAUGCCAUUGGUCUGUCGUGUGAGCUGGUGGUCGAACACGUCAACAGUUUCAUCCACUCAGGUGACAGGUCACAGGUCACAGGUCACAAGACAUUCACACCUUCAGUAUGUGCAGUCACAGUGAUUUUCCCUGUUUUCAGGGUGGUUCCCUGAUCUUACAAAAUAAAUAUUUAAGUUUAUUAUUUUUAUCAGUCAAAUUUUUGCCACUAACUGUUGCAAAAAGACUUUGAUCAACGUUGAUCUUACACUAAUAGAAAAGUAAUCUGGGUAUAUCCCAAAAUACAAAGUUUAUCUACACAGGGUACCUGAGUGCCUGUAAGUGAACUUAAAGUACACGCAACCAUUUUCCAAAAAGCUACCAAUUUCGGGCUUUCCCAUACACAAUGAAUUAAAGUUCCUUUCUCAGUCAAACAUUGCAUGUAUCUGGAAUGUCAGGGGUCCACUUGUUGAGUUUCUCAGGGGUUAUGUAUGUCCUCAUCAACCAUUUGUGUUGCAACAGUUUCAGUAUUAAUGGUUUGAGAUUGAGCUUUUAAACAAGCUUUCGCCCACUCAGCUUCUUCAAUAUCUCCCUUAAUAUCCAAACUCCAUGCCCUCCUUCUAUCAUGACUAGAUUCCUCAUCAUGCGAGACAAGUGCCGUCUCCCGUUCAUGUCUUUUAACACAAUACCCUCAAGACAGGAGCCUGGUGGCUCAACUGUAGAUAUUUAAAAAGGUCACAAAGGUCGUUAAAUGUUAAUUAAUUGCCCUGAACAUAUAAGUCUCCAGUUUUUCGUAUCCCCCUGUCGGCCCAAGCCCGAAAACCACCAUCUUCCCUGCCAGGAGUGAACGGCACUGUUUGAGGGCUGAGCCUCAAGAAGAAGGAUUGCUGGUUGAGGCGGUGGAUAAUGGACUAUGAUUCCGAUUAGAGAAUCAAGGCACUUGGACAGAGAGAUUUUCUUUGUCUUCCUUUAAUGAAGAUUGUUGAACAGCAACAUGUAGUGUGUAUUUAGUUUGUGUGUAUACAGGUGUGUAUAUGUGUGUGUACG